AUGUCGACCGGACCGCUAGAGUACAACGAGGCAACGUUCAUCACAACAGCCAACAACUCAGUGUCUCCUUCCUUGAUCCGGGCGUACAUCAAGGCUAUCUCGGCAGGUGCAGUGCUAUGCAUAGGUGGCCCCGCGCUCGUCAUGUGGGUGACGCCGACUGAAGAAGAGAUUUUCAAAAGGUAUAGCCCAGAAUUGCAAAAGAAGGCUCUAGCUGGCAGGGAACAGCGCCAGAAGGACUUCGAUGCGUUUGUUGGUCAGCUAAAGGAGGCGUCCAAGUCAGAUAAGCCCAUCUGGACUGCACAGAAGGAGAUGGAUGCAAAGCGGUCCGCUGAAGAGCAAGAGGCUCGCAGGCAAGAGCGAGAUGCUUACGCCGAAGAGAGUCGCAAGAGGCAAGCGGAGAUUAGGGCCAGCACACAAUGA